AUGAGGGCGUACAGGACUAGUGCUAGCACUGUACAAGAUGACUUCAGGCAACCAAUAACCAAUGAAUUAAAGAAGGAAGAUAGUGAUAAAGAUGCUUUGAACUUCAACAUAUUAGGCGACAGUGUGGCAUGUAUAGAAUCUACAAGCCAGUUUCUGCAAUGGUAUUCUAGUCUAGAAAAAGAGUGGAUAGAAGAUGAAGAUCUUGUAUAUACAAACUAUUGCAAACAGCUUGCGGAACGCAAAGAAGAAUGCUCCCAGCUCCUAACUCAGGUUGAAUCGUCUUUGAACCAUCUGAAUGAGUUGAACAAGGAAUAUCGACAAGUUACCAAUAGAACUAACUCACUUCACCAAGUUAGUGAACAGCUGUUGGCAGAUCAGAUGAAGCUGAGUGACAUCAACAAUGCAGUCAGCGAACGACUACACCAGUUCAAAGUGCUGCAACUAAUAACUCGCCGACUAGAGUCCCCAGCACUGUCGGUCAACAGUUCAACUUUCACUCAGCUGCUUGAUCAGUUGGAUGAGGCCAUACAGUACAUGCAGUCUCAUCCAGACUAUAAAGAAGCAGGAGUGUACCUCGCCAGGUACCAACAUUGCCUGUCUCGGGCUGUCAGUCUACUUCGCAACUUUGUGACGAGCGUGUUGACACAGGCCACUCAGCAGACAGCUAGCUACCCCAGUAGUGAUGCCAGCCACUAUGCUCGUUUUCAAGCGUCCGCCCUAAAACUCAAACCUAUUCUUCAGUUGGUUGAAAACCGCAGUUCAAAGUUUCCUGAGUAUGAGAAUUUGCUGAGUGACUGUCAGCAACUGUAUCUGGCCCAGAGGGAGAGUCUAAUCAGCGAGAGUGUGCUUACAACAGUACGAGGGCUGGCAGCCAAUAUGUCUGGAGACCACUGCUCCCUCACACGUUCAGCAUGUGCCUUCUUGAUCCAUGUGUCACAGGACGAGCUGCGGUUGUAUCACCAGUUCUUCUCCUUCCCGUCGCCACUCUUCACAUCAUAUUUAGAAGGCUUGUGCAUCAGUUUGUACGAUACAUUGCGACCACUUGUGAUUCACAUGAAACAUCUGGAAACUUUGGCUGAACAAUGCUCGAUACUUCGCCAUGAGAUGAUACAAGAGCAAGUUCAAAACAACCCUGCUGCUCUUGAAGCAUUUGGACGAGUGGCUGAACAGCUGCUGCAAGAUGUGCAAGAGAGAUUGGUGUUCCGAGCACAUCUCUACCUCAAGACUGACAUUGCCGACUACAAUCCCUCCCCAGGAGACCUAGCAUAUCCUGAGAAACUGGAGAUGAUGGAGAGUAUAGCGCAAUCGCUCCAUGAGCAGGAGAUGGCAGCUCUGAGCAGGAGUGAAUCUCGAGCCUCUCUUGUCUCUAUGGGCUCUACCACAUCGCAGGAGAUCGCCCGGAUCACCACCAAUCAGAGACACUUACCAACAAGCUCGCCAGGAGAUCUGCAUGGCAUGUGGUAUCCUCCAGUCAGACGGACACUGGUCUGUUUGUCCAGACUGUACCGGUGUAUAGAGCGGCCCAUCUUCCAAGGGCUGUCACAAGAGGCUCUUACCAUGUGCAUUCAGAGCAUAAACAAUGCAGCCGACACUAUCAAAACCAAUAAGACUUCUUUAGAUGGAGAACUAUUUCAAAUUAAACAUCUUCUGAUUCUCCGAGAACAAAUUGCUCCAUUUCAGGUGGAUUUUACUGUCAAAGAAAUGAGCUUUGAUUUUAGUAAAGUGAAAACAGCAGCUUUUGAACUUCUACAAAAAAGAAGCCGCCUCUUUUCCAGCAAUGCUUUGUUACAAUUCUUGCUGGAAGGGUCACCCAUAGUGAAGGAACAAUGGCUGGACUCCCGUAAAGAUGUAGACCGUCAGCUAAAAACAUCUUGUGAAGUAUUUAUCGCUGAUGCUACAAACUCUAUUAUUGGGCCUCUGACAGCUUUUCUAGAUAAGGUUCAAGCACUGACUGAGGCAGAAGGAUUGUUGAGGACACAACCCUGGGCGGGUCCUGAACAAGUCAGUACGCUUGUCCAGGACAUCAGUCGUAAUAUCAAGACUAAAUUACCAACCAUACAACGUAGCAUGCAGCUCUACCUCGCCAACCGAGAUACUGAAUUCAUCUUGUAUAGACCAGUAAAGAACAACAUAGUGGGGUCAUUAUCAAGGCUUCUGAAUGUUCUGUCAAAUAACAAUGGCUACACGAACGAGGACCGCAUCGUGAUCGCCUGUCCGACUCCCGAGCAGGUGGCAGUUCUCUUGUCAUCUGCCUCCCUGCUGAUGAGUGAACGCAAGAUCAGCCAAGUCAGUUCACACCAUGCCAUCACUGAGCCUACUGCAGUCAAGGGGUAACAGGAGAGUACUUGUCCAUCAAACUAUGAGUAUAUCCGUACAACCACCAAAAAUUAGUUACUUUUCAGUAUAUUGUAUAUACUAUAUUAUGUCAUGUACAUUCCCUAUUCAUCAGCAGUUCAGUUAAUUUCAAGUUUGUAUAAACAAUGUAAUCUUUCACAAUUUGUUUGGUAGAAUGGUUGAUGAUUUUGAUAAGCAAUGUAACCAUCAAAUAAUGAAAAAAAAUGGCUGUCAUUUGUUGGUAUUUGAUAUUGUAUUGGUUGUAGAAUAGAAUGAAGGCAAAGAGUGGCUCUAUUGAAAACAUACUAUUGUAAUUAAAACAUUUAAGACAUAUAAAUUUUAAUUUUAUGUAUUACAAUAUUUGUAAAUCUUUUGGAUUUAAGCAGAAAUAUUUUUUUUCUGAGGAUGUUAUGGCUUCUAGUCCAGAAAUCCAGAUCAAUCCAGAAAUACACAGAUCUUUGAGUCACCAAGUCUUCUGUACGAUGUGUUCGUUGAGGUCUGUCUGUACAUAUUUUUUAUCAGAAGUCUUGAUUUUUCUUGAUUUUCUCCAAGUGGUUUAAAAACAGCUUUGUCUAUAUAUUAAUUAGUUCAGUUUUUAAUAUGGUUGUAGCUAACCUCUCGACUUUUUCAUAGCUAUCUUUCUGAAAUAACUUGAGGUUCCAGACCUGUUGAGAAGGACUUGACUCUUUAUUUCUUGCCAAUAAGUCCAUCUUUUUAUUUUUCUUGUUACCUUCAUGACCUGACAAGAUACCAGUGUACCUGAUUGUAUUUUGGCAAUUCUUUCAGAAUUUGGUUAUAGUUAAUUGCAUACUGUGUCAAGAGUUACACUUUUAGAUUUGUAGCCCUCAAGCGCUUGGCUGUCUCCAUUCUCUUUGACUAUGGAUAAGUCUCAUGCUAUUUAUGUAUUAUAAGGGAUCAAUUUCCCAUUUACUAAACAUUCAGUUCCACUUUAGCUUAACUAAAUGUUAAGUCAUGUUAGUCUAAAUAAUUACAAGAGAUGCCAUGACCGGCAUUUAUGAGAUGGCCGUUCUGAAAACUGGAGAGCAGUGUCGAAGAAUUCACGAAGAAUUAGAGAACAACAGUGGGAAGUUGUUCACGAGAAUUAGAGAUCAGUUGGAGAUUAAAAUUUCAAUUCUAAAGAUUGGCGAGAUAUCACUUUCAUGUGUAAAAAGAUUUUGUACUAAUUUCCACAACAACCAGGGAUGCAGCUGUAAGAAUUUAUGACAGCUCUCAUGUUUCAAAUUGCUUAUCUUUCUUAAUAUUAUGUGACCCCAGUAGUUCACAACUUUACUCGCAAAUGUAAAUGUUGCUUAAGACUUCUUGGAAAUAGGAUUUGGGUAGGAAAUUCCUGCUUGGAAGAUAGUUUUUUUUCAUAGUCCAUAAAACUGUAAUACAUCCUAAAUAGAAGCUAGCUCUAAAAAUCAAAACUGAUGAGUGAUUAUUAUCUACCCUUUUUGUAGUAGUGCAGGGAACAAACAUGUCCACUCAUGGGAUUGUUAAUGGUUUAGGGUUCUGAUGACCCUUUCCAGUAUGUUUUUAUUAUAUCGCUUGUCUUCUAGCCCAAACUUCUUCCCUGUGCAAUCGUACAAUGGGUCAAUGGGUGAAUGGGUGAAAUACUUACAUUACCUUCUUGAAACUUCAUAAACCUCCAACAACUGGUGAAUUGUCAUAUUUCUGUUUCUCCUAUAGAGUUAAUAUUUGUAUUUUUCCUAAAGGAGUUUAGUAUUUUGGAAGCUUCUGGAAGACUUUCCAGGUCUUGCUAGAAUUUCUUACAUUUUCGUAAGUCCUUACAUAUUUCUUAAGAUUUCUACAUCCAUCCUUGUUCACUUUGGAAAUGGAAAGCAUGGAAUACUGGCUACAAAUUACACAUGUAUAUUAGCUCCAAUUUCUUUUUUAAUAUACAGCCAUAGAUUCUUUCUGUACAAAUAUAAAAUUAUUUAUAUUUAUAAAUAAAAUGUUUUUAUCAGAUAAAAUCACACAUAGUCUUUUGGAUCUUAAAUUGCGCCUAACAGUUGUGGUCUUGUUAAUUAGAUACUAAUAUUCACCCAAAUUGUAAUGAACUAUCUUAGGAAGAGUUUCUCUAAAGGUACAGUGAUAAAAAAGAGCUUGGUAUUGUUUAUGUAAUACUUAGUUCUAAAAAGAAUUGAAGUAGUUUUUAUCUGUAGGUAAAUUAAGUUUAUCUAGAUAGAUUCCACAUUAAAAUUACUUUAAUCGGGUCAGAUUAAGUUUUAGAAAUAUCAAGGCUUUAAUGGCCAACAUUGAAGCAUCAUCCAAUUUACAUUGGGAGUAAAAGUUUGUCAACAAUUCAGUGUUUUAAAAAUCCCUUUCAGAAUCCACUGAUUCAACACUAGUUAGAGAGAGAAAGAGAGAGAAACAUGGAUUUAUUUAUCUAAAUACUAGCAGCUUGCAAUCAUUGUGUUGUCUGAUCUUUAUUUGGGUAUAAACAACUUGCAACAUUUAUUAAAAAAAGUUAAAGUUUUAUUAAAUAUUCUUUUUUUCAAAUUUAAAGACUAAAUUUUCUUACUAAAAGAACAUUUUCUUCUUUCAUAGUCAUUCUAAACUUUCUGAUGUCCUCUAGGUUCUGUAUAUUGCACACAUAAUGGUUUUUCAUUUUCCUCGUGCUUUGCUACUUACAGGUUAUUGUAAUGUCAAUCCACAACAGAUUGCAAGAGAUAAGGGAUUCAAAAAGUUUGAAAUUUUGAGGAAAUCCUAGGAUGUCCGGAUAUUUUUCAACAUGUUGCCUUUGUUUGAAGUUUAUUAUUAAUGAUGGAUAAUUUAGCCUAAUUGAGAACAGGAAUAUUUUCUCAAAACAUGUGCCACUAGUUUUAAAAAUGUGGUAACACAAAUUCAAAAUGUAUCAUUAGGUUACAUAAUAAAUGUUGAAACAAAUUUAUAUUUCAAUAAAAUUUUCAUAAGCCAAAACUUUUUUUAAUAAUGUAUUUGUAAAAUUUUAGGAAGGUUAUUCUGCAACUAAUAAAAAAUUAAUAACUCUGGAUCAACUAUUCCAGUUGCAAAGCCAAUGAAAGCAAUGAUUCAUAUUUCAUUUCAUAGCAUUCCUUAAGUUAUGUUUUGAAAUUGUUUUUAAUUUGAGUUUUUCAUGUAUUUAAUUAAAUAGGUAUAUUGUAUUGUAUGUUUGUUGUUGUUUGUUACUACAUAUAACUUUAUUGGAAAUUACAUAUAGUUUUAUUGAAAAUGUUAAUACCCUGCCUAUUUAUUGUAAAUGAUAUUUAUUAAAAUAAAAAUAGUUUUGAACA